UGCACUGUGUCCCUCGGACACAGCAGAUCACCGAUCCACGGAAAGAGCCGAAGAUGUCGGCUCGGUCAUGUGAUCAGCUGUGUCCAAUCACAGCUGAUCACAUGGGACAUGUACACUGAUCAUCAGGGCACUGAUGAUCAGUGUGCCCUGAUGAUCAGUGUAGCCCCAGCAGUGCCACCUGUCAAAGUCCAUGUGCCAGUGCCUAUCAGUGCCACAUCAAUGCCACAUAUCAGUGCAUACCAGUGCACAUCAAUGCCACAUAUCAGUGCCCAUCUGAGCUGCCUAUCAGAGCCAGUUAGUGUCGCCUAUCAGUGCCAGUCAGUGCUGCCUAUCAGUGUGCAUCAGUGCCGCCUAACAGUGCCAGUCAGUGUCACUUAACAGUGCCAGUCAGUGUUGCCUAUCAGUGCCAGUCAGUGCCGCAUAACAUUGCCAUAUAUCAGUGCCAUGUAUCAGUGCUGCCUUUCAGUGCCCAUCAGUGAUGCCUGUCAAUGCCCAUCAGUGCCACCUACCAGUGUCUCCUCAUCAGUGCCCAUCAGUGCCACUUAUCAGUGUCCAUCAGUGCAGCCUAUCAGUGCCCAUCACACUGCAGCCUCAUUAGCGCACAUCAGUGAAGGAGAAAAAUCACUUAUUUACAAAAUUUUAUAACAAAAACUAAGAAAAAACUUUUUUUUUUUUUCAAAAUUUUCAGUGGUUUUUGGUUUGUUUAAGAAAAAAUAA